CGAACAGCUGAUGUUGACACUUUCGAUCGUCAAGCAAAACAUUUACCAAUAACAAAUAACGUUGUUUGGACAAAAGUGGACGAAUUUCUUUGAAAUUCCGAAAUAUCGUUUUGAAUUUUGGUGUUAUUUGUAGAUAUAGUAGAAUGUUAUAUUCUCGUAAGUAUCAAUAUUGUACCUGCUGCAAACCAAGGAAGAUAAAGUAUAGUUUUUCACUCAGGAAAUGUCCAAUAUCAUUUGGCAUAAUGUACGACGGCAACGUGCCAGCCUCAAUACAAAAUAUCAUUGUAUCUACGGAUUUUUUUUCCUGGGAUUAUCGCGCCAACAACUCUGUGAAAUUUACGGAAAAAGUAAAUCAACCGUAAGUGCCUGGAUUUCUUCGUAUAAGCAGCAUGGUGUCCUCGCGAAAAAAGAGCGGCAGCUAGUGUACAGAAAGUUUGGGACGGCAAAAAGGCAGUGGAUUGUGAAAUUGUACAUGUCAGAACCAACCUUAUUUCUUGAUGAAGCACAGAAGCGAUUUUUUCAUAAAUUUGGGACACCUAUCAGUCGAUCUUCAGUAGUAAGAAUUCUCCACGCAGAAGGUAUGAGCUGGAAGAAACUUGAACGCCGAGCAAUGCAAAUCCGUAAUGCUGAUAUUUCAAAAUAUUGCGAGGAGCUGUCGUUCCAGUGGGAUCUGCCUAAUUUAGUGUUUUUGGAUGAAGCUGCUUUUGAUAGUCGAGACAUGCUACGAAAUAGAGGGUAUGGGUUUGUUGGGAAAAAGUUAAUUUUCCGAGGUGAGUUCCGUCGUCGUCCGCGAGUGUCAACUCUUUGUUUUCCAGGUCAAGGCGGGCUUCUUGAUUCAUUUAUGACCAAAGGAACAUUCACACGGAAGAAAUUUUUCGAAUGCUGUCGAACGUUUGCACUUAGUUCUGGCAGUGUCGAGACAUACCCUGGUUUUAAUUCUGUUUGGGUGAUGGACGGGGCAAGAAUACAUUGUGACAAGCAUAUUACCAUGUACUUAAGGUCACUCGGAAUUGUCCCAGUAUUCUUGCCAGCGUAUUGUCCCUUUUAUAACCCAAUUGAAAUAAUGUUUGGGGUUAUUAAACGAUAUUUGCGCCGUCACUACGAAGAAAACAGUUCUAAAGAUCUCAAAGCGGUUGUUGGUGAGGCUUUGCUGAGCUUCAAACAUUUUAACUGCACCAAAAUCAUGAGAAAGUGUGGAUAUAGCGAAGGAGGAAAGUUUGAUCCCAAAGUUGGGCUCACCCAACCUUUGGACAACUUUGAUUUUUGUUCUGAACUCGACUGUAAAAAUGUGAUCUGAUAAUGUAAUUGAAACACAAAUAAAUUGGUG